AUGGCAGACGUCCAGACAUAAAGAGCAUUCCAAAAGCAAGAAGGUAUCUUCUAGAACUCAAAAAAACUUUUGGCCAAGAAAACAACAAAAGGAGUUAGAUAUUGGAAAGAAGUUGGACUUGGAUUCAAAGUACCAAAGGAAGCAAUUGAAGGACAUUACAUUGAUAAGAAGUGUCCAUUCACAGGAAAUGUCAGUGUCAGAGGAGCCAUCUUAAAGUAUGAUAUUAAUAAAACUAUCCNUUACCAGAUUCUUUAUUGAGUAGAUUUGAUUUGUUGUUUAUUAUAUUGGAUGAAAAGAAGAAGGAUAUUGAUAGAAAGGUAGCUGAAAGAGUUACAAAGAAUCACAGAUACAAGGGAUAAUAUGAUGAGGAAGAAAAUAUUGGAGAUAUCAUUUAACCUAUGGCUUAGAUGAGUAUCAAAUAAGAGAUUUCUCCUUUUGUUCAAUAAUCUGCCAUCUAUCAUUCAAACGAUCAAAAAGACCUAUUGACAUAAUCAUUCCUUAAGAAAUAUAUCAUGUAUGCAAAAGAAAAUUAUCCCAAUGUGAUCUUAGAUGAUGAGGCAGCGGAGGAAGUGACUAGACAAUGGACCAAAAUGAGACAAAAUGAUUUGUUAGAAAAAUAAAUCAGAACUCAACCCAUCACUAUCAGAUCUUUAGAAUCAUUAAUCAGACUGGCUUCAGCUCAUGCUAAAUUAAGACUAUCUAAUGUAGUAACCAAACAAGAUGUUAAGAUUGGAGCCAAACUAAUGAAAAUCUCUUUACAAAUGGAUUAAGAUGAGGAAGUUGAAGACAAUAAAAAACCAAGUGGUAGAAAGUCAAGUCUAUAAAGACUUAAAAGUGAAUAGCCUUUAUCUGCGGGAAGAUAAAAGAUUGAGUCCGAAUAACCUAAGUAGGAAGAACAAGAAAAUCAACUUAUUGUUAAGAGUGAUAAGAAGAAGUAAAAAUAGGAUGAUCCCAAAGAUAAGGAAGCUGAGUUCCAUUUAUACUUGCAAUAGGCUCAUUCAUAAAACAUCACAAGAGAUUAAUUGAAGGCUGUCCAUAAGGUGUUGAGAGACUUCAAAGAAAAAGUAUAUUAAUAUAUCAUUAUCUUAGCUUCAUCAAGAUGUUGUUGAUAUCGAUAUUAUCUGGGGAGAACUGUAAAGUUAGAGUAGAAUCAUUAUUGCUGAUUAUUUAUAAUUCUUAAAAUGCCUUCUGGAAUUGGAUAAACAAGAAAAGGUCUAAUUUGAUGACAAGAAAAGAACUGUGUAGUUAUUAUGA